AUGACCUGUCCUUUCAGCAACCCGAGAAACCUUUUCGACGACCUCGCCACAGCCCGAGAAACACCAAGUAUAGAAUACAGCGAGAAACUCGGAGGCUAUGUGAUCUCUCGAUACGACGACAUAGUCUCAGUUUUAGACAACCCCGCUGCUUUCAGUUCAAGGCCCACUGUUCCUGAUUUCCCUCCACAAGUCAAGCAAAUCUUCGCAAAUAAGGUCCCAGAAAGGGGGACUUUGCUCGCGUAUGACAAUCCUGACCAUGAUAGGCUGAGAAAGAGCGUAGCUUCAUUCUUUGUACCUAGAAGACUAGAGCGUUUUGAACCAUUGUUGCGAGUCACAGCCCAUGAUCUGAUAGAUGGGUUUGUGGAAAAGGGUUGUGUCGAUAUCAAGAGCAACUUUGCACUCACGCUACCUUUGCGGACUAUAGUUAUUGUUGCUGGCCUUGAGCCAUCGCGAUGGCAAUGGAUUGGAAGAUGUCUCGCGCUGUUCGGUGGGAUUACACAAACAAAUGAGGAGUUGAGUAUCGAGCAACGAGUUCAGGAUGUAUUGGAUCUCCACGAAUAUGUCGCCGAAGUCAUCGCAGAGCGCAAAACAGACCGAAGAGAUGAUCUGAUCAGUCAUAUCUGGAAUGAGCGAGAUGCUGGAGUCGUGGAGAUGACAGACUAUGAGCAUCUGAGCAUGAUUCCAGGACUUCUCUUAGCUGGACACGAAACAACCACCAACCUUCUCUCAAUGGGGAUAUCGCAUCUACUACACCACGACCUAUGGAACGCCGCCACAGAAGAUGAAGAGGCUAGAAGGACUGCGAUUGAAGAACUUCUUCGCUACGAGUCAGCCAUUACAGGAAUGGAACGCCUCGUUAAGGAAGAAUCAAAGAUCGGAGAUCAUAUUGUCCAGCCUGGCCAGAAACUCUUUGUUGCAUAUAACUCUGGAAGUCGAGACAGCACAAAAUUUGGCAACCCGGAUAAACUUGACUUCAAAAGACAACAUAAGCACCAGCACCUUGGGUUUGGACGCGGUAUUCAUGCCUGCCUUGGUGCACCUUUUGCACGGCUUCUUUUACGGACCGAGCUUGCCGUGCUGAAAGAGAGACUACCAAACAUGAGGCUCGAGACACCAUAUGAAGAAAUUCAGUACUGCAGGGUUCAUUCUGGUCGUGGGCCAGAAAGAGUUGAGAUUGCAUGGGAUGUACCGUCUUUGGAUGAGAUGCGCGUCAAUGUUGGCCAAGCCACCGUCAACUCCGCGCUUCGGUCCUCUGCCAAGACGGAAGAUUUGAAGAUGGUCGUUGAAAAUGUCGAAAAUGUUACAGAGAGGAUAGUUACCCUGACUCUACGUCCCAAAGACGGUGGGAAGGUACCAAAAUGGUCUCCUGGGUCGCACGUCGACGUCCAAGCUGGUACUAUUGGCUAUCGUCAAUAUUCCAUCAGUUCAAAACCCUCUGACGACCAGCACAUAAAAAUAGCCGUACUUCGAGAGAAUGACACUGGGGCUUCGAAUUGGAUCCACCAGAAUGCUAUCAAAGGGAGUCAGAUUUUAAUUCGGGGACCACGCAACCACUUCAGUCUCGAGUUUGGGUCCCGCAAGACCAUCUUCGUUGCGGGUGGUAUUGGAAUUACUCCAAUCAUUCCGAUGGCUGAGGCUGCGAAGCAAGCUGGCGUUGACUACGCCAUUUUGUAUCUCGGCCGAUCGAAGAACAACCUUGCAUUUGUGAACGAGUUGACAGAAGAGCAUGGUGAUCACUUCAAGCUCUGGGUCAGCCAAGACCAAGGCGGUAAAAGAUUUGACCUGAAAUCCUUCCUAAAACAAGAAGAUGUCAGCGAUCUGCGCGUAUACUGUUGCGGUCCAGAAGGUCUCCUCACAGGUGUCGAAGAAGCCCUGGCAGACGCACCACCGGGAGUUUUAAGGCUCGAACGCUUCGCUGCACAUAAUAAUGGAAGCACGAAACCAAAUACUUCAUUCAAUGUAGUAUUGGCCCGAAGCAACAAGGUUCUGCGAGUACCGGAAGACAAAUCGGUUCUGGAGGUAAUCAACGAAGCGGGCGCUGGAGUGCUGUCGACCUGCAGUACUGGAGUGUGUGGAACUUGUGAAGUGAGGGUUCUUGAUGGUCUAGUGGAUCAUAGAGAUGCAGUCUUAACGCAGUCUGAAAAGGCGGAGGGGAAGAGUAUGAUGCCGUGCGUUUCAAGGUGUCUGGGGAAGAAGUUGACGUUAGAUCUUUGGUGA